AUGGCCGUUGAUGAUAGCUGUCAGCCGGAUGCCACUCUACAGUCCGGCCUUUUCGCUGCCCCUCCCACCCCCGCCCAAGACUCCCUAGUUGCUGAUCCAGCCGAUACCCAGUUCGGGGGUUCAGACUCAGCUAAUUCUAUGGACUCGCUUACAGAAGAUCUCGACAUGGACGAGAGGUCUAACCAUGUUACUCACAGUCUUGAACAUAGUCAGGCUACGGUCGCUAGAGCUGGUGAUGGCAACUUCGGCAUCCUCGUCAUCAUUGUUCUGUUGGAGCGUCUCGGCACCGCUUUGACUUACUCAAGCGAGACUAUCCGUCAGACAACCGUAGCAUUGCGCGAGACCCAUGGCUGGUCCCUCGAACCAAAAGCGGACUACGAUGACUACCAGCGAACUAUAGAGUUUGUCACCGCCUACCGGAACGAUCAUCCGAAAGUCACCGCUCGAGCCCAGAUGGACACCGCGUGGGCCGACGACAUCAUCUCGCGCAGUGUUGCCGAGAAUAUACCUCAAACAUCAAUUCAAUACUUUCCACAGGGGCCGCGAACUAUCGCUAAAGUGGCAAACAAGACGAGGUUCAGAGCAUGCGGCACAAUCACGCUUACGUGGCGUGCCGAGGGCUCCAAGAGACACAGGAAGUCGUUCUGGAUCCCUGCCACGGACUUCACGACGCGGUUCUACGUGUCCGAGCAGUACGACUUGGACUUCGCUGUUGUCAUUGGUCGCGACACGUGUAACAAGCAUGGCUUCCUCAUCGCCCAAGGGAUGAUGGCGAGGCGGUUGAUACCCACGCCACCAAAGAAAGGUUACAUCCACAAGUCUGCAUGGUUAUUGAGACAGAGGACUAACGUGCCCGAGCAGACCCUGUACUAG